GAAAGAGAGAAAGAGAGAGAGGAGAGGCAUACUGUAGAUUAGCCUACUGCUGCUGUGACUGCUGCUCUACCAGAAACAGGGUGACAGUUAGGAAGAUAAUGCCCCAGAAUGUGGUCCUGGAUGGGCCAGCCCCCUGGGGCUUCAGGCUCAAUGGAGGGAAGGACUUCAACCAGCCCCUGACCAUCACCAGGGUGACGCCUGGCAGCAAAGCCUCGCUGGCCAACCUGUGCCCCGGUGACAUCAUCCUGGCCAUAGAGGGUGUGAGUACAGAGUGCAUGACUCACAGCGAGGCCCAGAACAAGAUCAAAGACCCUGCCUCCCAGCUCGGCCUCAAGAUUGAGAGGCCUGAGACCAAACUGUGGUCUCCCCAAGUCACAGAGGAUGGGAAAGCAAACCCAUUCAAGCUCAAUUUAGAGGCAGAACAGCAAGAGUUGAAACCUAUCGGUACAGGUCACAACCGACGUGCCCAGCCCUUCAUGGCUGCGGCCACCAUAGCCAACGGACGCCAGGUGGUGAGUUCCUCCUACAACACCCCCAUAGGCCUCUACUCCUCAGGCAACAUCCAGGACGCCCUGCACGGACAGCUCCCAGGCCUUGUUCACGAUAAGCAUGAGGGUGGUAAGACACUGUCCUCCAUCAAGGAGUCUCAUGUGUACCGGAUGCUCCAGGAUGACCAGGAUAGGCCACAUGAACCACGUCAGUCAGGCUCCUUUAAGGCUCUGCAGGAACACGUGGAGACUGAUGGAGCAAAGCCGUUGAUUACUAGAAGUGUAAGAGCUCCAGUGACAAAGCCUCCUACACCUGCGGGAUCGCUACAGAAACUACCCCUCUGUGACAAGUGUGGAAACGGCAUAGUAGGCACAGUGGUGAAGGCCAGAGAAAAGUUCCGCCACCCUGGAUGUUUUGUGUGCUCCGACUGCAAAGUCAACCUGAAGCAGAGGGGCUACUUCUUUGUGGAGGGGCAGCUGUACUGCGAGACCCAUGCCCGCGCCCGGACGAUACCUCCAGAGGGACACGAUGUCAUCACCGUUUACCCCACGGCUUGAGACCAGUGGACCGGACAUGCACAGACCUGUCCAAAUGGAGCAAGAACUGUAACUUACCACUCCCCUUCUCAUACAGAAUAUUUCAGGACAAAAUACAUGAUAUAUGGUUUCACAAGCUGCACAGUGGAUAGGCCAUACUACAGUGGCGUUCAUCAACUUAACACCCUGAACUGAACAUAUCAAUAUCUGUGGACAUUAUGAUGCAAUUGUGAAUUUGCUUAUCACUGUCAAAAACACAACCAUUUAUCUUUUUGAAAAAGGAAUAUGUUUGUUAUGCCUUGUGAAUACCAACUGUGCCUUGUGAAUACCAACUGUGCCUUGUGAAUACCAACUGUGCCUUGUGAAUACCAACUGUGCCUUGUGAAU